GGCGCUAGGACCCGGCGGGCGGGGGCUGCGGCGGGGCCUGGGCAGCCGGAGCGGCGCGGACCCCGGCUCUCGGCUCCCGGCUCCCGGAGCCAUGUGAGGGGGCUCGGGGGCCGCGGGGGCCGGGCGCUCCCCGGGGGAGAGAUGAGGAAACUGAGGCUCAUAGAGGUCACAUGGCUUGCUCCAGGCCCCUCAGCCAGUAAGUGGUGGAACCGGGAUUCACACUGGCACCUGAGAUGCUGUAUGACCGUGGCCUUCUCAGAGCUGGAUUGUGAUGGGGCUGACCAGAGGGUCCGUGGUCCUGGCUGAGGGCACUCAUCAGGCGAAGGUGGGAAGGUGUGACCCCACAUCCCUGCCCCCUGGGCCACCUACAGGACGCUGGCCCCUGCCCCUCAGCAGACGCCGGAGAGAGAUGAGUAGCAACAAAGAGCAGCGGUCAGCAGUGUUCGUGGUCCUCUUCGCCCUCAUCACCAUCCUCAUCCUCUACAGCUCCAACAGUGCCAAUGAGGUCUUCCAUUACGGCUCCCUGCGGGGCCGCACCCGCAGGCCCGUCAACCUCAAGAAGUGGAGCAUCACGGACGCGUAUGUCCCAAUUCUUGGCAACAAGACGCUGCCAUCCCGGUGCCACCAGUGUGUGAUUGUCACCAGCUCUAGCCACCUGCUGGGAACCAAGCUGGGUCCCGAGAUUGAGCGAGCCGAGUGCACAAUCCGCAUGAAUGAUGCGCCCACCACGGGCUACUCAGCCGAUGUAGGCAACAAGACCACCUUCCGUGUGGUAGCCCAUUCCAGCGUAUUCCGUGUGCUGCGGAGGCCCCAGGAGUUCGUCAACCGGACCCCCGAAACCGUGUUUAUCUUUUGGGGCCCCCCAAACAAGAUGCAGAAGCCCCAGGGCAGCCUUGUGCGCGUCAUCCAGCGGGCAGGCCUGGUGUUCCCCAACAUGGAGGCCUAUGCCGUCUCUCCCGGCCGCAUGCGCCAAUUUGACGACCUCUUCCGGGGUGAGACGGGCAAGGACAGGGAAAAGUCUCAUUCGUGGUUGAGCACCGGCUGGUUCACCAUGGUGAUUGCAGUGGAGCUGUGUGACCAUGUGCACGUCUACGGCAUGGUCCCCCCUGACUACUGCAGCGGCCCCGUCUGCAGCGCAUGCCCUACCACUACUAUGAACCCAAGGGGCCAGAUGAGUGUGUCACCUACAUCCAGAAUGAGCACAGCCGCAAAGGCAACCACCACCGCUUCAUCACCGAGAAGAGGGUCUUCUCAUCCUGGGCCCAGCUGUAUGGAAUCACCUUCUCCCACCCCUCCUGGACCUAGGCUACCCUGCCUGUGGACCUCUCACAGGGGACACAGGAGAGUCCUCUCUCCUUCCAGCCACUCAACCCAGGGCCAUCUCUUGGCCAAUCAGGGCUGGCUGGAGUGUCUUUUGGCCAAUCAGGGCCUCGUAUCCUCCAGCCAGGGCCUGGGGGUGUCUCUUGACCAAUCAGGGAUUUGAGCUAUGUGGUUAAUCAGGGGUGUUGGAGGUAUUUCUAGUCCAGUCAGGGUCUGAGCAUAGUCUAUCAGGGUAUAUCUGAAGUUAUCUGAGGCUAAGGACAUGUGCUUUCCCAUGAGGCCUUGGUUCAGUGCCCCAGGAUGGACCCCCAAUCACUCCCUUAUUGGCUGGGACAGUAGGGUCCUGUCCUGAAGAGCUGGGAACCCUGAGCCAGAAAGAGGGUUUGCAUGGGAGUGGGAGCUGUCUGGAAGCUAGGCCAGGGCAUUUGUGGGCUUAUAGGGGGCUACUAGAGGUGGGAGCCCCCAUCUGGAUCUUGGCUCUGCCCUGAGUGGCUUUGGACAAAACCCUUGCCGCCUCUCUGGUCGCCCUCCUGCCUGUGUCAGGUUCUAAUGUGGAGUCUGAGGCCCCCUCCCACUUUCCCCACUGACCUCUUUGGGUCUGUCUUCCAGUAAGACUGGGCCCCUCCCGCCACCACCCUUGCUGGGGGGCUCAGCUCCUGGGGGUCUGGAGUCCCCUUCCUCCUGGAAACUUAGGGUAUUUUUGCACAAACUCCCACAGAGUUUGGGGGGGAUCUAAUAGGAAAGGGAUAAACCUUUAGCUAUUUUCUUAAUCCCUCCACUCAGCUGCCAUUAGUUUGGCUCUUAAAGAGCCAGGCUCCCUUUUCUGCCAUCUAGCAGUGAGGCUUUCCACCUGUUGGAGUGGCCUCUGGGGCUGAGAAAGGGGGAAUCCCAGCCAGACUGGGGUUUCUCACAGCCCCUUUGUCGCUGCUGGAAUCAUCCAAGGGUCUCCCCUCAGCUGGGCCUAGGAAGGCUCUCGGGGGCCAGGAGCCGUGUCACCUGGGUUCUGUCCCCUCACUCUAGAUCAGGCACUUUAUUGUUGGAACUCAGUGGGGUGGGCUUGCCCCUAUUCUUCCAGAGCCUGGAAGGGAAGACUAGAGGGCUUCCUGGAGGAGGCUGUGGAGCAGGAGGGGUCAGGUGGAGAAGAAAGAGGCCAGCAGCAAGCCUUUGCACACUGGGGUGGGGGCUGGGAGCCGGCGACUACCCCAGACUUGGUUUUGUAAUAAUUUGUACAGGAAUAAAUGCACCUAAGCUCUG